GGGAGGCAAUGGCCACAUUAACUGAGCAGCAGGGCCUCUUUUGCUGGUUAUCGCAAUGUGCAAUGCUUGAGCCAUCUGCUGCUUCCGCUGCAGCAAUCGCAGCUGCAACAGCUCCCCCAGAACGUGCUGAGCGAGAUGCGGACGUGCCAGCGCCUUUGUCAGCAGAGCGGCUGGUCCAUUUGCUUGCAGAGCUCCGCGAGUACCAUGCUUCUUCGAGACAAGAACGCCAAGACCUGCGCUCCGAACGCGUGGAGCAGAAAACCAGGCUCCUUCGCUUGGAGCAACAGCUCUUAGCAGAGGAACAGAUUGGUCAAGACCUCGCGCGACGGAUCGAGACCCUUGAGGAGGCCAUCCGACAGGAGAGACUCCUUCAGGAGAAACUUUCGCAGGGCUCCAUGCGCGAGGCGGUGCAAGGCUUCAGCUCGGACGCCGAGCCGUGCAGCGGUGAACGGAGGAGCCAGAGAGGCCGCAGCUCGCUGCUCUCGCCCGACGUCCGUCCAGUGACCCCCGAGGUCCUUUCCGCCUACUUGGAACGCUUGCCCAAGGCGCCCCAGUCCUGCCAAUGUGCGCUUCGCGAGCGCUUGCGUGAAGCGCGGAUUGAGUUCCGAGAAGGCGAUGAUGUCUCCGGCUUUGCCAGGCACACUGGCUCGCCGGGCAGUUGCACCACGACCAGCGAGGCAGAGCUGCCAGGCUUGAGCUGGCAACUCCGCUGGACCAUCCAGGGGCAUCUGGACGCCACCCGUUGCGUCUUAUUGGACGACUCCAACUCAGUUCUCCUGUCGUCCGGGGAGGACCUGGUGGUGAAGUGCUGGGAUACCAGUGGAAUUUGGAGGGGUCACGACGCGGACGACCUGGAGCCCUUCGCCUCGUUGCGGGGCCACACGGGGGCGGUGCUGUCCCUGGCCUUCCGGACGCAGGACCGGAUUCUCUUCAGCGCUGGCCUGGAUUCGAUCCGCGCCUGGUCGCUCCCCGACGGCACACCCUGUGAGGGCAUGCAAUUGAUCGGCCACCAGGACGCGGUGUGGUCUCUGCAGCAUCACCUGCACCUGCCGUGCAUGGCCUCGGCGGGCGCCGAUGGGCAGCUGGCGCUCUGGAACACCGAACUGGAGCUCCGCACCGAGACGCAGACCCGCUUGCAGGCCAGCUUCGUCCUGAAGGAUCCAGCCAAAGGAGACAGCUUGGAUGUGCCGACUUGCAGCUGCUGGGUGCCUUCGCAGACCUCCCAACUUCUGGCCGGCUACACCUCCUCGAGGAUGGCGGUCUUCGACGUGCGUCACGGCACGACGGUGAUGGAUCUGAAGACCCCGGCGGAGCGGGCGCAAGGCAUCUACGCCGGAGCCACGUGUGCCGCCGCGCAGCCGCUGAGUCGCCUGAUGGCGGCCUCCUUCGCGGAUGGUCACGUGCGGCUUCUAGACCUCUCUGCUGGGAGGUUCAUCUGCCACGUGGAUCAUCCUGAGACGGUGACCUCCCUGGCAUUGGAUCCCAGCAAUGCGCACGGGCUCCUGACGGGGUGCCACGACGGAUGCCUUCGGGUCUUCGACUUGAGGAGCGGCACCGGCGGCGCUGCCGGUAGUGUGCACUUGGUCCAGCAGGUGAAGCUACAUCAGCAGAAGUGCGUGAUGCGCACCGUCACCCUCUGGCAGGAUAAGGUCCCAGAGAGGGAGAAAUGGAGCAACAGCAUCUGGAGCAGCUGGGCGAACUGCGGACGCAUCGCCUUCAAGCCCGACGGCACGCAGAUCAUCGUGGCGGCCGGGAACCGGGUCUUGGUCUAUGAUGCCACGGAUGGAGACCUGGUGCACUCGCUGAAGGGCCACAAGGAAAGCGUCUUCUGUGUAGCAUACUCCCGGCACGGCAAGAAGUUUGCCUCGGGCGGCGCGGACAAGCAGGUCAUUAUUUGGACUCAUAAGGCCGAGGGCAUCCUCAAGUACAACCACAAUGAGUCCAUCCAGUGUUUAGCCUACAACCCCGUGACCCAACAGUUGGCGAGCGGCACGGCGUCGGACCUGGGGCUCUGGUCGCCGGAGCAGAAGUCGGUCUCCAAGCGCAAGGCGCUCGGUGGAGUUCGUGGUGAAGUCGGAGGGGCGGUGAAGUGCGGGAAGGUGAAUUCCAAGAUCCUGGCAAUGUCCUGGACGAACGAUGGUCUUCACAUCGCCUUGGGCCUCUUCAGCGGCCACAUCAGCAUCCGAGACAAGUUCGGAGAGGCUGGGCCGGCAUGUCUGAAGCCUAUGACUGCUCACCUAGCUGCUCUUCUUAAAAGAGCACCAUGA